AUGCCCAAAAUUCUCAUCCUCGGCGCAACAGGCUAUCUCGGUCGCCAAAUUGCCAAUCUCCUCGUCCAGAGUGGACAACAUACCGUCUAUGGUGUGACCCGCACCGCCAGCAAAGCAAAGCAAUUGGCUAGAGAAGAGAUCAUCCCGAUUGUCUGCGCAGACCCGGUAAAUCAACCAAACCCGUAUCUUGAGGUCAUCCGCUCCAAGCACAUCGACGUGGUUGUGGACGUAGCUGGUGCCGAUGCUGGUUCGUACAAGUUCCUCGCCGAUGUGGUUUCAGUGGGCAAGGAGCGCACGGAUGCAGCCAAGGUCCGAGGUGUUCAGACCUCGAAGAUAGGAUAUAUCUAUUGCUCGGGUACAUGGGUCCAUGGCUCAUCUAAUGAGCCCGUGAAUGAUCUUGAUAUCGUUGGGGAAGGAGCAAAUACGGCCCCGGAGGAAUUGGUUGCCUGGCGAGUUGGGAUGGAACAAGCCGUUCUCCAGACAAAGGAUGUCCUGGAUAUCAUGAUUCUUCGACCUGCUCUAAUAUACGGCAGAGAAAGUACUAUUUGGGCAUCCUAUAUCACUCCAGUACUUGAAGCCGCGAAGAAGGGCUCCAAGGCGGUGGAAAUCCCACUAGAUUCUGAUUCACGACCUGGCCUGAUCCACGUCGACGAUACGGCAAAGGCUUUUGUCCAGGCAAUCGAGAAAGUCCACAUCUUCCCAAGUACGGGAGUAUACCCAGUGUUUGAUCUGGUGACCAGCCAAGAGAGCAUGCGGGAUAUUUUUACUGCCCUGGCUUCCACUUGGGGCUUUACGGGCACGGUGGAGCUGAAAGGACAUGGGGGACAUCUAUUUUCCAAAGCGAUGGGCACUAGUUUCCGAGGAUCUUCUGCGCGGGCCAAGCAGCUGUUGGGCUGGCAACCAACGAGGUUGAAUGGUUUUGUGCAAGAUAUAGAUAUUUAUGCUGCUGCGUUUGUUGCAGAGCACAUCGAGUAA